UCGUAACUCGUAACCGCGCUACGGACAAAAUGGCGCUGGAUGACUCGAGUGAAGUAUCAAAGGUCGUUUACUUACGAGAUAAAUAAUCUAAUUUUUCGUCCCGACGAGCUCGAUUAGCCGAUUAAGUUUCAUUUGCUCGCCAACGUAUGCGGUCCUGACAGUCGUGACACGUCCUGAGCGGUUUUUUCGGCGGAGAGGGAGACAUGAGUGCCCACUAUGGAGGUGAUAGAAUUAUUUAAUAAGUUCAAUGAGAGCUUGGGAUCAUACACAUUUUCAAGAUGGAUUGGGAGAUUUAUAGAAGAAUAUCAAACGUCGAGGACAAUCUUUGUCAUUGUCACAUUUUUACUCCUUGUUUUCUUAAUUGCAUCAAUCUUUGUGGUACGCAAAUGGAAGAACAAGGAAUUCUUGCCUUUGGAGGUGAAAGAAUUUGUUGGUGUGGGUACUGGAAAGCCGAGGUUCAGGAAAAGAGACAAAGUUCUCUUUUAUGGCAGAAAGAUGUUGCGCAAGGUAAAGUCCAUUGGUGGCCAGGUGCAUGCCACUGGACAAGGCAAGAAGAGAAAAGCAGUGAUGAGGUUUGCUCGUCGAUUGUUGCAACUUAAGAAGGAUACUGUUCCGCAACAGCUCAAAGUAUUGGAACCACCUGCUGAGUAUCUGGAGGAAGAUUUAGGGCCUGGCGAAAGAGUACCACCAGAUGCUCUAUAUAUAUUGCAAAGUAUUAGAGUUUUUGGUCAUUUUGAAAAACCUGUGUUUUUGAAAUUAUGCAAGUAUACGGAAAUUAUGAAUUUACCUGCUGGUAACACGUUAUUCAAAAUCGGAGACCCCGACGAGAGUUUAUUUAUAGUGCAGCAGGGUUUAGUCAAUGUAUAUAUCACUGGAUCUGAUGGGUCUCAAAUUUCCUUAAAAGUGGUAAAAACAGGCGAGUCGGUUACCAGUCUUCUUAGCUUUACUGAUGUACUUACCGGGCAUACAAGUACAUAUAAAACUGUAUCAGCAAGAGCAGUAGAAGAUUCUGUAGUAGUAAAGUUACCAAUGAGCGCAUUCCAAGAAGUAUUUCAAGAUUAUCCUGAUGCCUUUGUUCGAGUUAUCCAGGUCAUUAUGGUACGUCUGCAAAGAGUUACCUUCACCGCUUUGCAUCAAUAUCUUGGUCUUUCCGCGGAAUUAGUCAAUCAAGGAUCGCACAAGAAGAAGCAGAGUCCAUUCUCCGGUUCACCGGUACGAUCAAGAACCAGAGAGAAUUUUGCUUCGCAGAACAUAGAAAGUGUCCCUAGUGUAUUUCCAUUCGGCACGUCGGAAAUACACGAUACUAGCGAGGUUUCUCAUCGUGACGUAUCUAAUUCAAGCACGUCUCAACCUGUGCCCAUAAUAAAUCGACGAAGAGAGUCAAGAAAUAGUAUCGAUUGGAAGAGCGUUAAUUUGCAAGUAGGUAAUCAGAGUUCGGCAGAGAUGGUACCAGAAUGCGAUUCUCACUGGGUAACACCACCGCCAAUGUCUCAGUCUAUUCACGGAUCACAUCCAGAAGCCUCUCAUUCGGGAAGUACUUAUUCUAGCAAAAAACGUCAAGCUAACGAGGCGCAGCAACAGCAGCAACAACUGGACGAAGCACAGCUCGUACAGAUAGCCACUGAUGCGUUUGUUCGUGAACUUGGCAUAGAAGAUGAGACAAUGCUCAAAGAUAAGGUGCAGAUGAGGGAGGUACCAGCUGGUACUUAUCUGAUGAAAGAAGAAUCUCAUAAGGAUGUCGCACUUGUAUAUGUGCUUUCUGGCUCCCUGAUGGUGAGUCAACGCGUAUCGGAGGGCCGAGACGCGGGCCAGGAAGUGCAUAUGUUUAGCGCUCAUCAGGGUGAAAUUGUCGGUGGUUUAGCAGUGCUAACUGGCGAACCAUCCUUUUACACUAUCAGAGCAAAACACGCUAGCCGCAUUGCAUUACUCAGUAAAUCGACGUUCUUUGCUAUCAUGCGAGAUCAACCUACAGUCGUAUUGCACGUGGCACAUACCGUCGUUCGUAGAUUAAGUCCUUUCGUAAGACAGGUGGACUUCGCUCUCGAUUGGUUGUUCCUUGAAAGCGGACGUGCCGUUUAUAGACAGGGGGAUGAAUCAGACUCGACAUUCAUUGUGUUAAGUGGACGAUUGCGAUCGGUGAUCACUUACAAAAACGGCAAAAAAGAACUGGUAGCAGAAUAUGGAAAGGGUGAUUUGGUGGGAAUUGUAGAGAUGGUCACGCAAACUCCGAGAUCGACGACGGUCAUGGCGGUUCGGGAUUCUGAACUGGCAAAGCUGCCAGAAGGUUUAUUCAAUGUGAUCAAACUCAGAUAUCCAAUUGUUGUUACAAGAUUAAUAAAUCUUCUUGGCCAUCGCAUACUUGGUACUUGGCAACAGGCACACACAAUAAAUGGCAACAAUGAUACUCAGCGAGCUGCAGCAACAGUUGACGCUAGACCCGCACAAGUAAAUUUUUCAACUGUUGCCAUAGUGCCGGUGUCGGAUGAUGUACCACUGACUGCUUUUACUUAUGAAUUAUAUCAUUCUUUAUGUGCCAUUGGUCCUUGUCUUCGUCUAACGUCGGAUGUCGUAAGAAAGACUUUAGGAACAACUAUCAUGGAGCCUGCGAAUGAGUACCGAUUAACUUCUUGGCUCGCACAACAGGAAGAUCAGCACAGAAUCUCUCUAUAUCAAUGUGAUUCAAGUUACACACUAUGGACUCAGCGAUGCGCGAGACAGGCUGAUUGCAUUCUUAUCGUGGGUCUGGGCGAUCGACCGCCAUCGAUUGGUCGAACAGAACGUGAGAUAGAACGGCUGGUAAUGCGAACACAAAAGGAACUAGUGCUGUUGCACAAGGAACAGAACGGUCAACGACCUACAAACACCGUUCAAUGGUUGAAUAUGAGAUCGUGGAUAUCUAGCCAUCAUCACAUCCAAUGUCCAAAGCGGAUGUUUACCAGGAGAUCUCAGUAUAGAAUUAACGAAUUGUACUCCAAAGUGCUCAUGUCUGAGCCGAACGUGCACAGCGAUUUUAGUAGAUUAGCACGAUGGUUGACUGGCACCUCGGUCGGUCUCGUCCUAGGUGGAGGUGGUGCAAGAGGUGCUGCUCACGUGGGCAUGCUCAAAGCCAUCAUCGAAGCGGGUAUACCUAUAGACAUGGUUGGUGGUGUCAGUAUUGGUGCUUUCAUGGGUGCGCUGUGGUGCAUGGAGAAGAACAUCACUACUACCACACAAAAGGCUAGAGAGUGGUCUAAGAAAAUGACGCAAUGGUGGCGGCAAAUUAUGGACUUGACUUAUCCGAUGACUUCGAUGUUUUCCGGUAAAGAUUUUAAUAAGACAAUACAGCAGACUUUCGGUGACACAUAUAUAGAAGAUUUAUGGCUUCCGUAUUUCACUAUAACCACGGACAUCACGGACUCCUGUAUGCGCACGCAUAGACACGGAUCGCUGUGGCGGUACAUUCGAGCCUCGAUGUCAUUGUCUGGUUAUAUGCCACCCAUGUGUGAUCCCGUUGAUGGCCACCUCCUACUCGACGGCGGGUACGUCAAUAACCUUCCAGCUGACGAAAUGUUACGGCAAGGAGCACAUCAUAUUCUGGCCAUCGACGUCGGUUCACAAGAUGAUACAGAUUUGACAAAUUAUGGGGACUCGUUGUCCGGUUGGUGGUUAUUGUGGAAGCGAUGGAAUCCAUUUGCCACACCUGUGAAGGUGCCAAAUUUACCAGAUAUUCAGUCUAGACUGGCGUAUGUAAGUUGCGUGCGCCAAUUAGAAGAAGUGAAGACCUCGGAUUAUUGCGAAUAUAUUAGGCCACCGAUUGACAAGUACAAGACUCUUCAAUUUGCCAAUUUCGAUGAGAUCAAGGACGUGGGAUAUCAACAUGGGAAAACAUAUUUCGAGGGUCAAUCGAAAGCUGGAGUUCUGCCUCGAUUCAACGCGGAUCGAGAAAAUGCGAGAGCUAUGCGAGCGAAAAAUCAAGCGGCUAAUGAACAGACACUCUCUUCAUAUACUUUCACCGAUCUUGCUCAGAUGGUGUGUAAAGUUUCGCAUGGUAGCCGAUAUUUUGACAUAGAUUCAGAUUCGGACGAACUAGAGGAGUACGAAGGGGACUUGGAAGAAGAUGCGCAGGAAGUAGGCUACGCAUCUGAACCUACUGCGGGUAUUUUAGAUCAGAGUCCUGAGGAUAAUCGUUUGAGACGAAGAACUGGUGUUUCACUUAGUCUGUCCGACACUGAGGCUGAGUCGGAACUAGAGUAUCAUCCAAAGAUUUUUUGAAUAUUAUUUACAUUUAUUCGUGAUAUCGUAUCUGCAUAACUCGCUCAAUAAAUUCAAUACAUUUUCUCAUAAACAUAACUUUACAACUCGGACGCACUACGAGCGAUUGACCUAUACUGGAGUACAAAAGUAAUUAUAAUCAUAGGAAUAUCGCUCUGAAAUUAUGUCACAAUGCGAUAGAUAUCGCUUUAACAUAAUAAGUAAUUAAUAUGAUUAUUGUUAUUAUAUUAAAUAUUGUAUGUUAAAUAUAAUUCUACGGUUUCUAAAAAAAA